ACAAAAUUUAGGCGCGGUAGCGCCAGCGGGAAAGUCACCACCAUCACCAAGAAAGUGAAAAACACAGAGUGAGUUACAAGCAUGGCGGUGGAGUUUGGGUGCUCUAAUCCUAGCCUCUGGCGAGAAGCCCUCUCUGCUUACGAGUCUCGCAUAGAAUCCCUCAACAAAUCCAAUUUGGUCUCGCUGGACGACUAUUACCGCAACCACCUCCCUCCUCUCCUCCGUCAGCGAAACCCUAACCCCUUCAUCACCACCUCCGAGCUCUCCCAGCUCAUGCGAUGGAAGCUCGCCCGUGGAAAAUGGCGGCCGCGCCUGUUGGAUUUCGUUUCGGCCUUGGAUGAAGACCUGGUGAAAUCGGCGUCUCGAAAGGCUUUUAAGUCUCUUCCUGAUAUAUCUAAAGCUGUUUCUGAGCUUACGGUUCUCAAAGGCGUCGGUCCGGCCACCGCAUCUGCAAUUCUCGCGGCCUACGCUCCCGAUUUGGCUCCGUUCAUGUCCGAUGAGGCUAUGGAGGCAGCUCUUGGUAACUCAAAAGAUUAUACGGCCAAGCAGUAUCUGUUGUUUGCCAAUAAGUUACAAACUAAAGCAAAGGAGCUGAGUUCAGAAGAAGCGACCUUCACACCAUCAGAUGUGGAAAGGGCUUUGUGGAGUUCUGUUGUGGGGACAAAGUUGCUAUCUUCAAAGCCAUCUACAGAACACAAGACUCAGACAACCACUAGCAAAAGUUCAAGAGGAAAGAGAAAACGUUGAUUUAUGGUGCAUUAGUUGACAGAAAAAUCUGUAAGUCUAUAAACUUUCUUCACUGGGGUAAAAAUGUUUUUGUUUGUACUAGGAUACUUUCAACUGUUUUUGGGGCUUCGCUGCUUAGCAUUCUUCAAAAACUUAAUGACGGAUCAAACUCUGAUUUAUUUGCUACUAAUGUAUCUUUGUAUGAGCUCUUUCAAGGCUUCAUUUUGUCACACUCAAAUCCUUAAAUU